GUUGGGCUGAGGUGACCGAGAUCCCCGUUAACUGCGGAUGUCCCUGACCAAUUCAAGCAUCUUUCUGCUCAACGAGGGUUCAGCCGAUUCCUACACUAGUCGACCCUCUGAUUCCGACCUGUCCCUGGAGGAGGACCAGGAGGCGUCUCGGCGUGAAGCCGAGCGCCAGGCUCAGCUGCAGCUUGAGAGAGCCAAGACUAAACCAGUAGCUUUUGCAGUGAAAACCAAUGUGAGUUACUGUGGAGCUCUUGAUGAAGAUUGUCCAGUCCAAGGUGCUGCUAUUAACUUUGAAACCAAAGACUUUCUGCACAUAAAAGAGAAAUACAACAAUGAUUGGUGGAUUGGUCGGCUGGUGAAGGAAGGAGCAGACAUCACUUUCAUCCCGAGCCCAGUCAAACUAGAAGCCAUGAGGAUAAAACAAGAGCAAAAAGCAGCAGCAAGGAAAGGAGGGAACGCUUCAUCCGGAGGCUGGAGGUCCACCCCACCAUCUGCAGCCAAACAGAAGCAGAAACAGACUGAACAUAUUCCUCCAUAUGAUGUGGUUCCUUCUAUGCGGCCAGUGGUGCUGGUGGGCCCUUCACUGAAAGGAUAUGAGGUAACAGACAUGAUGCAGAAAGCCUUGUUUGACUUCCUAAAGCACAGAUUUGAUGGCAGGAUCUCUAUUACACGGGUGACUGCUGAUCUGUCACUGGCGAAGCGCUCAGUGCUGAACAAGAAGGCCAUAAUGGAGCGAUCCAACACGCGCUCCAGUCUCGCUGAGGUCCAGAGUGAGAUAGAGAGGAUCUUUGAGCUGGCCAAGUCUCUUCAGCUGGUCGUCCUGGACGCAGACACUAUCAACCACCCGGCACAGCUCCUCAAAACUUCUCUGGCUCCCAUCAUCGUCUACGUCAAAGUUUCCUCGCCUAAAGUUCUUCAGAGGCUGAUCAAAUCUCGAGGGAAGUCACAAAGCAAACACCUCAAUGUUCAGAUGAUGGCAGGGGACAAACUCGCUCAGUGCCCACCUGAGAUGUUUGAUGUCAUCCUGGACGAGAAUCAGCUGGACGAUGCUUGUGAACACCUUGCAGAGUACCUGGAAAUUUACUGGCGAGCUACGCAUCUCCCCUGUUCUGCCCCUGUCAACCCCUUACUGGACCAAAGCGUGAUCACCCCACCCUCAGCUAACUCCAGCCAACAGUUUUCUGAAACUCAAGAGUUGAUAGAAUGAUCACUAUCGCGGACAUAGGAGCAGCCUGUGCUGUCGGCUGGGGUCAGACUAGGAAGUCAUAGAGCACAGGGACCAGGACGCCACCAGGGGGCAGCAGCAGCCCUCAUCUCUCCAAAGCCAGCCACCACCUUCUCUGGCCACACCUGGGGCUAAGAAGAGAACAAGAGCAGAGUUCCUGGAGGGGGGAAGAGCAGAAGGCUAGUGAUCUGGGGGAAGAGGAGAAAUAAAAACAGGGAGAGGAGCAAGAGGAGGAGGAAGAUUUGAUCAGUGCCACAACAGAUUGAGAAGCCUCCACCUCACUGCUGCCCCCUCGGCAAGAGCUCCCUGCUCCCACCGCCACACGACAACUCAGGGCCGCUUUCUACAGCUGCGUGCACACUGGUAACAAAAACCAGUACAGCAGUGCAGUCACUGCACACCACCUUCUCUCUUCCCUCCCCCCCUGACCUUGACCUUAUUCCCAAGUCCCUGCUUUCACACUGGAAGUCACAUCCCCCACCUGGCAAAGCUGAGCUAGCCCAUGUGUGUUCAGACACCCAGAAGUGGCCAUCCCUCAGACACAGAUAGGCUGAUUCAGCUCGCAAUGUAGACAAACUGUACACCUGUGAAGUCAGAGUAUGUUCACAUACAGUACUGUAGCAUAGCAAAGCUGUCCGUGUAACGUAAAACGCAAACAUGAGUAGUUUGCCAAUUUAGGGUUCCGAGGGUUUCGAUAAACCUGGCUUCCCUCUCUGGCCAAAGAGUGCAGAGAGUAACAGAAAAGCAAUUCCCUACGUCUUCCAUCUCUACGGUUCCCUGUGAACUGUCAUUCCAGUUUAACCAAACAUUUCCUCAAAGGCACAGUUGUUUCUAUCAGAGUCAACUUGGUGUCACCUGUAAUGGGACACCCAAGGAAAAUGAAAGCUUUCCUCUUCCUUUAUCAUCUAUUUUCUCUAAUUG